AUGGACGCGGGGAGCGCCGGCGACGGCGAGGCGGGGCGGCAGGAGGGGACGCCUCCCUCCGGCGCGCCGACGGGCCCCGCGGCGCCGUUCGGCAGGUCGUCGUCGUCGUCGGGUCUCGGCGCGAAGGGCGGCGCAGCACCCCAGAGCUUCGACGGCGCGCUCAGAGAGCUCAAGGAUCUGCAGUCGCAGUUGCACCAGGCGGCGGACUGCUGCGAGAAGGCGUUCCUCGCCACCGAGGAGAAGAGGCUAAUCCUGGACAGUACAAAGAGCUACAUCUGCAACGCGGUAGUGGCAGUGAUUGAUCAUCUGGGGACCGUUUCAUCCAAGCUUGAGCACCAGCUGGAGGACAAGACUGAGAUCAUGCAAACAGAGCAGAAGAUCAGCUUCCUGAAGCAGAGGCUCUUGACAUGCGAACAGUAUGCAAUUUCUCUCCAACUAUUGGCCGUUCGUGCGGACGCUGGCGCCGUUCAAUAUCAUCGCCGUUACCUUUCCCAAUCUACUGAAAGAAACAACCAGGAAAAUGUUGCCAAGUCAAGCAGAGAUGACCCAGAAGAACCCCUCAAGCUCAAUAGCACAGUGGCGCCAGGAGCUACUCGCACUCUGAAGCCAUAUGAUGCUGAAUCAACCAUCGGGAGGGAGCAUGCCGUGGCGGGUGCAGACGGUGGAAACCCAGCAUCCACAGCGAGGUCAUUUUCCUUCAGAGCAGAGGAUGUUCACGUUGCUGCAGGGGGUCAUCACAAGAAGAAGAAAGGCAGCCAUGGCAGCAACAUCAUGUCAUUUCUCAAAAGAAGCAAGCGACAUGCGUAA